AUGGAUUAUCGAAGACCAUUUAGAAAAGGUAUAUUAGUGAUAAGUCAAUAUCCAUUUGAAUCAGCUCUAGAAUGGUAUGACGCUGCAUUAGAUCAAUGGCAGAAUUGCAAAUGUAAAAAUUGUCAACCUACAAUCUUUCAAAAUAACUUAUUACCACCUAGAACUUUGAGUACAGUCAUUUUACUCGAUGAUGGUCGCUUAUUUGCUGCUGGAGGUUCUAUACAUGCCAAUGGAAUGAAAUCAACAUAUAUAUUCGAUCCGGAAAUAAACAUAUGGAGAUCCUGUAUGAACAUGCAUUUUGAACGUCUUAAACCAUUUAUAGUGCAACUUGGAUCUUAUGUUUAUGCGAUUGGUGGUUUCAAUAAUGAAGAAGGAGAUGUCAGUAUUAUAGAAUAUUUUGAUUUAGAGAGAAAAGAAUGGUUUGUCAUAAAUUGUGAAAUAGACCUAAUUAAUACAUUUAAAAUUAAUAAUUAUGUUGCCUGCGUUAAAGGAUUAAUUUACAUAAUUGGAACGGACGAAGCUGGAUAUUAUGACUUUCGUAAUCGCGAGUGGAAAUAUAUUGACCAAAUACCUGAGUUUAAUACAGGUUCUGCGGUUUGCACAUUAAAUGGAAAUAUUUAUAUAAUUGGUGGUGAACGUUUGGGAAAUUUUUACAAAAGUGUAUGGGCCUACUGUACGCUAACUGAAAAAUGGUUAUCCUUACCUGAACUACAUUACGCCAGAUCGUUUUCUGGUGCUGUAGCAAUGAAUGGUAAUAUUUAUGUAUUUGGAGGAAAAACGAUGAAUAUGUCCUAUUCAAAUACACUUGAAAUAUACAAUCCUCACGACGACAAAUGGGUAAUUUCAAAUACUUACAUGAAAAAGGAUCAAUUUCUUAUGGAUGCUAUUGUGAUAGAAAAGAAUUCUGAAUUGUAUAAACAAGCGUUUGAAGAAGCGGCUAAUAAUAUUUUCCAUUAA